AUGAGUCAUAUUUCGGAAGGGGUGGCGAGAAGUUUUUGGGGCAAUUCGGAUUGUGAUUUUUCUUAUUCCGAGUCGGAUGGUAUGUCGGGUGGAAUUCUUACUCUUUGGAAUUCUAGUACCGUAUCGGUGGUGAUGAGCUUCCGUGGGUCGGGUUAUAUUGGUAUAAAGAUGUUCCGUGCAAAGGGAAAAAAUAUAGUUGGUUUAGUGCGGAUGGAAAAUCCAAGAGAGGAUUGGGAUCCGAAACCGUUCAAGUUUAAUAAUGAAUGGUUCCAUAAUAAAGAUUUCAUGCGUUUUGUUGAGGAAGAAUGGAAGGAGAUUUAUGUUAGUGUGGAGGAGGGGAUUAGAGAUUUGAAUGAGGCGGAUGAUUGCGAUGAUGUUAGUAAUGAGGUUCAAGCAAUCAAAAGAAAGGCAAGUAGUAGAUUAUGGUUAAAUCUUAAAAUCAAGGAGAAUAUGCUUAUUCAAAAAUCUAGAGUAAAGUGGCUCAAUGAUGGUGAUUCUAAUAGUAAAUUCUUCCAUAGGGUUAUGAAAGAAAGGAGGAGGAGGAAUCAUCUUGGCUCCAUCUCUACUAGUAGUGGUAUCUUGGCUAAUGUUGAAGAGGUUAAGGAUGGUGUUUGGCGCCAUUUUAACGAAAAGUUCAAGGAGGUUUGUGAAAGUAGGCCGGUUUUAGAGAACGGUUCUUUCAAUACUUUGAGUAUGGAGGAUAGUGCGUCUCUUGAGCUCCCGUUUUCCGAAGAGGAAAUAAAGGAGGCGGUUUCGAAUUGUGAUGGUGCGAAAAGUCCGGGGCCGGACGGUUUUACUCUCCUAUUCGUGAAAAAUGUUGGUCUUUCUUAA